AUGUCAAAGCGGACCAAUGAAGACGAAGACGCAGUGCUCAAAAGACAACGGUUGGAGCCAGCGGUGAAUGAUGAGGCGAUGUCUGUCAACAGACAGAUUCUAGAGGCUCUGAAGGCCCAAAAUAGUGCAUUGGCAACACAAACAUCACUCCUUAGAAGCAUCGAUGCAAGGCUUGGUCGGAUUGAGAAUUUGGGUCGUACUGGCUCCAACAAUGGGAGGAGAGGGCGAGGGGCCGCAUCCACAGGUAGGCUCGAAAGAGUGGUCACUGGAUCGUGGAAGUUUGUGGAAUCUCAGGAAGCAAAGCGCAAACGAGAAAGCUUCGAGAGGCACCCCUCCUUUCACUGUAGCUUGAUUCCCUCGUUUCCCAUGUUUGCUGGCAUAGACAAUACAGGUUUGGUAAUUCAAGCGCGUCCAUACCCAACAACCGGCAACAUGAGUGAAGGCAUGUCUAUUCUCUUCGGAGAUGACCACGGACUCUAUACUUCGCACAUCAUCGAAUCUCCAGCGUGGACCACCGAUCACGGUCAGAGAAGUCUUCUACCCGAGUUGGUAUUCAACAAUGAUCCGAAGGUCAAACUAAAGUCGGGGAUCUAUUGUCUGCAAGUCAGGUACAAGAACGCUACAGAGACGACCGCCACACUGCCCACGCCGACCAGGAUUGAAGCUGGAAUAAUCGUUGGCGAGAUUGAGUUCAACAGCAAUGGAACAGUUAUGGCGCAGGGAGCCGAUUGGGACCGGUUACUGGACAGCAAGAGGCAGACUCAACUGCCCUAUUCGCACGGUGCCAGGGGAGUGCCUACCUGGUCGCGUCGCAAAAUUUCCGAACCAUGGUUGGAUGGAGAAGUUUUGAAGUUUCGAAUCGACACCAAUGAAAGCACAAUUGUUUUCCAAAGAGAAGGUCCCCCCGAGAAGUUGUUUUGGAAUGUUCUAGCAUUCACCAACAACCGUCAAUUUCCUGACUUCCUGCGUCUAUAUGCCUUUUGUGGUGGAGUUCCGCAAUCAUCUUUUUCCACUGAUGGUUACCGGUACGCCUUUGGCUGUCUUAAUGGUGGUACCUCUAGCCUUACGAUUUUGCCCGACCAAUCUAGCGGCAUCGAGGAGGAAUCUUCCUGA